GCUGCUGCCCUGCCUGCUCAAGGCCCUAAGCCCUGUAGGGUUGCAGCGGGUGUGGGGCGGGGCCCGGGUUUUGUGGGGGGAGGAACGGCGUGCAUGGGUGGGACCGUGUCUGUGUGUGUGUGUGUGUGUGUGUGUGUGCGGCAGGGCUGGGCGCGAGUGGGGCUGGGGGAUGAUCGCGAAGAGUCGAGUCGUGCGUCUAAGGUCGGGUCGAGUCGAGUCGUCAAGGGCAUGAGGGACGGGGGGAACGCGCUGCGCGGGCGUUGCGUUGCUGUGGUGAUGGCGCCGACGUGCUGUAUGUACCGUAUCUACCUGGGACAGGCUCCAGCAGCAGUCACGCCAGCGCGCACCACCACCAUCGUCGUCGUCCGUGAUAAAGCGUCCGGACCCCAACGCGCGGGUACGGAGUACGGACGGACGCACGCGAAGGUGGAGGGAGGUGGGUGCGCUGCGAGCCUGCGACUACGAGUCGCGCAUGAUGGAUGGCUGGCGCUAUAUAGCUGGGGUGCCGGCGCUAUUAUAUCGGGCUGGGCUGGGCUGGGGCCUGCAGCCUGGGGCCUGGGCUAGGGCUCCACGGCUCCACUGCGUACGGGCGGAUGUACGGCCGUAGUGAGCCUGGACGUGCGGGUGGAUUCGUGGGUUGGGUUGUUAUGUGUGUGUAUGUGCGUGUGUGUGUGGAGGGGAGCGGCGUUGGGAUUGGGGGUGUUGAGGGUGGGUAGAGUAGUAGAGGUUGGGAGAUGGAUACCUAGGUG